UGAUUAAUAAUGGGUUUGAACACGGUGUUACGAUUUACAAUGAACUUCAUGGUCUCCCUGGCUAUGAUACUAGGUUACGUGGCAGUGGGGGCGGUAGUGUUCGUGUCCCUGGAGUGGCAGGAUGAACAGGAGCGGGGCAAACAGGCUCACCACAUGCUCCAGAAGUUUCAGAAGAAGUACAAUCUGUCAAAAGAUAAUGUCUCAGAUUUUAUUGAAGUGUUUUCUGAAAUGAACAAGCUUAUGAAAGGACACCUUAGACACACCAAGCCAGAAAAUGUGUGGACUUUCGAGGGAGCUUUUUACUUCUGUACGACAGCCAUCACUACUAUCGGUACUGGCAACAUAACACCCAACACAAGCGCUGGAAGAUGGUUCUGUAUUGCUUACGUCCUUCUCGGUAUACCUCUCUUAUCUCUGUUCUUUGGAAUGACUGGAUAUUAUCUCACACAGUUACUCAGACUUGCCAUACUCAAGAUAGAAGGUUGCUCCAAAGUGAGAAUGAAGUUGUUCCUGCGACAGUGCACAUUUGUAAUGAUCACCUGGUUUAUAGGUGCUAUAUGUCUGUGUGUGUAUGCGAUGUGGAUGUACUACAGUAUCUCACACUGGACUAUUGGGGAGAGUAUCUACUUUUCUCUAACUACCUUCUCAACUAUAGGUUUUGGGGACUACACAAACUAUAACGGUACCCAAAGCGAGUUUCCUCUCGUAAUCUCCUCCUUUGUAGUGCUGACAUUAAUGUUACCAGCCUCCAGCUUACUAUUCAGCACUACAGCAGAACUGCUGCAAACGCUGAUUUGCCCGAUUUAUAUAAAAUCCGGACUGGUGAAGAAAUCAGAACUACAACGAAUACUUGCAGAAGAUCAGUUAUUGUACAAGUAUAGAAAAAUGAAAAAAGAAAUGAAGGAGUACGACACUUUUAAGAGGGCUACGAGACACGAUUUAGACAGACAGCACUUAAUUAACGAAGAAGAAGAGGAUGAUAAGGAUUUCCUGCACGAAUCUUCUUUAGGGUACGGUAUAAUACAAGAAUAUCUAUCUGGUAUAGAAAGUGAUGAUGGUGAUGGUUGUUCAUCAUGUGAUGACGGUUUAGGUACCGGACGACCCCAGAGCCAGGAUUAAACUGGAAUAUUCUACAACUUUAUAGAACAUUCCCUACAAUCUGUCAGAUUGAAGUGAAUAAUGACAACAAUCUGUGCUAAGAGUAACCACUCAGAAUAAACCACCACUGGUCUUAGAACCACAACGGAAACGAUCUAGGUUAGUUUUGAUUGAAGGAAUGUUUGAAAUUGAAGCUCCGGAUUUACUGUAAUGCCUGGUUAUUAAAAGCAGUUUCUCCUCUGAAUUAUUAUUGUUUGUCUCGAUUUAAAGACCGAUUUUUAACUAUUUGAGUGUAUUUGAAGACUGGAUAUUCGUGAAGAUUUUAAAUAUUUGUGCUUUUAUGUAUAAUUUCGUAUGCUUGUGAAGCAAGUUGUCAUGAAACGAUAUUUUUAAAAUAAUUUUUAUGUUUUUGAUAACUGUAUUUACAAUUUACAUCUGAAUUUCAUAUAAAAUCAAAAACUGAACGACAUAUCUUUACUUGUAACCAGCAGGCUGUAGUCUUACAAAACAAAAAUGACCGUAAAUCCACAA